AGCGCGUCCCGCCUCUGCCUGGCUUCCCGGCUUAAUUUUCCUCUGCGGGAUUAAAGUUGGAAAUUGAGCGGAGAAUUGAGUUACCCGGGAACAGAGCCGCGGCCGCCGCCAGAGCGAUGUUCCCGCAGAGCCGGCACCCGACGCCGCAUCAGGCUGCAGGCCAGCCCUUCAAGUUCACUAUUCCGGAGUCCCUGGACCGCAUUAAAGAGGAAUUCCAGUUCCUGCAGGCUCAGUAUCACAGCCUUAAAUUGGAAUGUGAGAAACUGGCAAGUGAAAAGACAGAAAUGCAGAGGCACUAUGUGAUGUAUUAUGAAAUGUCAUAUGGAUUAAACAUAGAAAUGCAUAAACAGACUGAAAUCGCCAAGAGAUUGAAUACGAUUUGUGCACAAGUCAUCCCAUUUCUGUCUCAGGAACAUCAACAACAGGUGGCGCAGGCUGUCGAACGUGCCAAACAGGUGACCAUGGCAGAGUUGAAUGCCAUCAUCGGGGUACGUGGCCUACCAGGUCUACCUCCUACACAGCAGCAGUUGCAAGCUCAGCAUCUUUCUCAUGGCCACGGACCCCCAGUCCCUCUAACGCCUCACCCUUCGGGACUUCAGCCUCCUGGAAUCCCGCCCCUGGGCGGCAGUGCCGGCCUUCUGGCACUGUCUAGUGCUCUGAGUGGGCAGUCUCACUUGGCAAUAAAAGAUGACAAGAAGCACCACGAUGCAGAGCACCACAGAGACAGAGAACCGGGCACAAGUAAUUCCCUCUUGGUCCCAGACAGUCUAAGAGGUACAGAUAAACGCAGAAAUGGGCCUGAAUUUUCCAAUGACAUCAAAAAAAGAAAAGUGGAUGAUAAGGACUCCAGCCACUAUGACAGUGAUGGUGACAAAAGUGAUGACAAUUUAGUUGUGGAUGUGUCUAAUGAGGACCCUUCUUCUCCGAGAGCAAGCCCAGCCCAUUCACCCAGGGAAAAUGGGAUCGACAAAAACCGCCUGCUAAAGAAAGAUGCUUCCAGCAGCCCAGCGUCCACGGCCUCUUCAGGAAGUUCCACUUCUUUGAAAUCCAAAGAAAUGAGCUUGCAUGAAAAAGCCAGCACGCCUGUUCUGAAAUCCAGCACACCGACACCUCGGAGUGACAUGCCAACGCCGGGCACGAGUGCCACUCCAGGACUCCGUCCAGGCCUCGGCAAGCCUCCAGCCAUGGACCCCCUCGUUAACCAAGCGGCGGCUGGCCUGAGGACGCCCCUGGCCGUGCCUGGCCCGUACCCCGCCCCGUUCGGGAUGGUACCCCACGCUGGCAUGAAUGGCGAGCUGACCAGUCCCGGUGCCGCUUACGCCAGCCUCCACAACAUGUCCCCACAGAUGAGUGCGGCUGCCGCCGCUGCAGCCGUCGUGGCCUACGGGCGCUCCCCCAUGGUUGGAUUUGAUCCUCCCCCUCACAUGCGAGUACCUACCAUCCCUCCCAACCUGGCAGGAAUCCCUGGGGGAAAACCUGCAUACUCCUUCCACGUGACGGCAGAUGGGCAGAUGCAGCCGGUCCCUUUCCCCCCCGACGCCCUCAUUGGCCCCGGCAUCCCCCGGCACGCUCGCCAGAUCAACACCCUGAACCAUGGGGAGGUGGUGUGCGCCGUGACCAUCAGCAACCCCACGAGACACGUGUACACGGGUGGGAAGGGCUGCGUCAAGGUCUGGGACAUCAGCCACCCCGGCAAUAAGAGCCCUGUCUCUCAGCUCGACUGUCUGAAUAGAGAUAACUAUAUCCGUUCCUGCAAAUUGCUCCCUGAUGGCUGCACUUUGAUAGUGGGAGGGGAAGCCAGCACUCUGUCCAUCUGGGACCUGGCCGCUCCGACCCCGCGCAUCAAGGCAGAGCUGACGUCCUCCGCCCCCGCCUGCUACGCCCUGGCCAUCAGCCCCGACUCCAAGGUCUGCUUCUCCUGCUGCAGCGACGGCAACAUUGCCGUGUGGGACCUGCACAACCAGACGCUGGUGAGGCAAUUCCAGGGCCACACAGAUGGGGCCAGCUGUAUUGACAUUUCUAAUGAUGGCACCAAGCUCUGGACGGGCGGCUUGGACAACACAGUCAGAUCCUGGGACCUGCGUGAAGGGCGGCAGCUGCAGCAGCACGACUUCACGUCGCAGAUAUUCUCCCUUGGGUACUGCCCAACCGGGGAGUGGCUGGCUGUGGGCAUGGAGAGCAGCAACGUGGAAGUUCUCCACGUGAACAAGCCCGACAAGUACCAGCUGCAUCUGCACGAGAGCUGCGUGCUGUCCCUCAAAUUUGCUUAUUGUGGUAAAUGGUUUGUGAGUACUGGAAAAGAUAACCUCCUCAAUGCUUGGCGGACCCCCUACGGAGCUAGCAUAUUCCAGUCCAAAGAGUCCUCAUCUGUGCUCAGCUGUGACAUCUCUGUGGAUGAUAAGUACAUAGUCACUGGCUCAGGGGACAAGAAGGCUACAGUCUAUGAAGUCAUCUACUGAAAACAUUGUGUUUUAAUGUUUAUAGUUGAAUUGGGCCAAAAUGUUUUGAAUUUGUAGAAAUAGAAAAGUUGUAACUUUAAAAACAAGAAAACCUGUUUUUAAACCUUGACACAAAACUACAUUGAGUCUGCAAAGAGGAGGUGAUGAGUCCAUCAGCAGAAGGUCACCUAUCUACCUAGACCAAAUGGAGCACCGAGGCAAGGUGGACGGAGGGGCCGAGGACUGCAGGCUGGAGGAGCAGAGCCUGCGGGCCCGGGCAGAGCCCGUGCUUUUCUUUCCGUGUCACCUGCCCAGAGUACCUUUCUGUUCCUUGCGGUCCCCCUCACGUUCUGUCCUUGGUAGCGCAGUGGUGUCUCCAAUGAACUUGUUUCCUGGUUUUGCAUCUUGUGAAAUGUUUUUUUUUUUUUGUAUUUUUGUUGAAGGUUAAACAUUUGUAUAAAUUGUAAAUAUAUUUGGUUUAUUA